UCGUAGUCUGUCCUCAGUCCCUCCCGGUCGCUCAGCUGUGCGUCACAUGUCGGGUAUCGCGAGUCCUACUCCUACCCGUAUACCAUCGAAUAGUGUACCGCUUGUUCGUUCAGGCUACCGUAUAGCGCCGGAUUUCUGCUCACCGGCAAGCACAGUCAUAUAUUAUGCUAUCUACCGCGUACACGACAACGUAUUAUCACAAAUCAAUCACGAAGUGCCUCGAACAUGCGGACGGCGUGACGAACGCAGGCAACGGUGCACGCCGUUUUGUUGAUACAUUGAGUUCUGUGUUCAGGCCGAGAAGGCCGCCGCGUCCUUCCUCGGUCUAGGAUCGCUUUUGCUAUCGCGAUUGCAAUUUCACGCAAAACUGCCCGAUAUUUUCUGGGUGUGUAGACGAGUUAUCGUGAAACGAUGACCUAAAGUGACGUAUCACAAUACGGAGCUCGGUGAAGUAGGAAAAGAGAAAAAUCAAAAGAGAAUUAGAGCAACAUCACGAGUGUCGGCCUGUUUUCGAGAGUGUUGUUUUUCAAAUCGAUUCACAGGUACAAUAUCGAUUGUGUCGCGCUUGCAUCGUCUGCCACGAGUGUCGAACUGUUGAAUCGCGUGUGACAUUGUUACUUUCGUUACGGUGUGAUCUUUCGAUUCCAUCGCUGGUUUAUACGUCGUGAUAUAUACACGUUUGUGUGUGUGUGUGUGUGUGUGUGUCAGUAUAUCGCGGAAAGUGACGAAGACGUAACACGAAGGGGGAAUAAUAUAAAAGGCGCAGUGCAAAUGAGCUUUACAACAGACGAAUUCGUGAAAGAUACAUUUGAGUACGUAUCGAUACACGGUGUUCUGUGAGAAGUAUCAGUGUGCAAUCCCUGUCGAACUCUUUAGUUCAUUUUACGAAGUGAUCGCAAACGAGCAGAGAUCGUUUAUUCACGAAGAUAACCACGAAUAAUGUCGACGGGCAAGAGGCUGGCAAAACGUAGCAUAAUCGGCACCAGAGUGUGUGCUCCCGGCGAGGACGGGAAGUACUACAGUGGCGUCAUUCACGCCGUAAAAACGCCGGCGUCAGCCGCGUCCGAGUCAGGCCUGAGCAUUACGCCGAAGACUCGCUACUCCGUGCGCUUCGACUCCGUGCCUGGCGGCCGUCCGCCGAGUCCCAGCACCGAAUACUCGGAUCGCGACCUGAUCGGCCCAGGUUUCGGAUCCGUUACCAGCGCGCGCCUCGUACCCGGCCAGAAGGUCUAUCUCACGUUCAACGGACGGGAAAUUCACGCAGAGGUCACGCAACAUCGCGAGCAUCUCGACGAAGUGGACGUGAUAAUCGCACCGAACGGCCAAGAGACGAUGAGGUUGACCAAACGUAUAGACGAGGUCAGGUUGCUCGAGUCACGUAAGAGCGCCCGGCUGGCUGAUCAGGAUACAGAUUUCGCUAGACUCGCCGAUAUGGCUGGUGAUCGCAAACGGGCCUCUUCUCACUCCAUCGAUGUACCACACGUGAUUGGAUCCAGAAAACGGCGUCCAAGCUCGAGCAAUGAUUCAGAGCGGUCGUAUAGCGGUUGGAGCGACAGAAUACCCCAUGGUUGCGGUCGCGAGGGGUGUCGUACCAACGAGCGCGGCGACUGCAUGGACGAGUGCACCGCCGCGCUGGUCCUCAUGUCGCUCUCAUGCUCGCCACACAGCCCUCACAAUCCCCUGCCACUUCACUGCCAGCACAAUUACGGUUCCUGGGGAGGUCGAGGAGGAGGAGGUGGUGGCGUGGUCGUCGGCUCACCAGGAGUUGGCGGCACGUCGAACAGCAGCAGCAGCAGCAGCAGGGCUUCAUGGCGAAGUGGCACCCCCAGUCCGCCGCUGAGCGACGAAGGGGCACCGACCACCGGCUCUCUAUGGCCGAGCUCCGCUCAUCCUUCGCACAAUCAGCAGCAUUACCCUUACAACGCGUCUGGCUCGUCGUCGAGUAGCACCCCAGGCUCGACCACCACCCUGGACGAGGGUAUAGUGCCAGAUUACCUCGAGGAGCAACACCCUCGCAAGAAGAAGAUCCGGGCGAAAGUGAACCGCGACCCGGUAGAGAAUGGACCGGCGAACACCGCGGUCUACGAGAGCGAACAGACGAACGCUGCGGUGGUGUUCAAAUGCACCUGGCCAGGUUGCCUGGAGAUCAAAGCGACCGUGGCGCUUAUCGAGGAGCACGUGCGCCAUUCGCACUUGGGGCCGAAAAAGUCGAACGGCUACGAUAACGAGGAAGACGACGACAUCUCCGACCACGAGGAAGAAUUCUACUAUCAGGAGGUGGCGGUCGAUCACAUGAGUUCGCCGCCGACGAUGUCACACCGGGACAUGGCAAGGCCUCCUCACGAGGAUCCUGAGUAUCAGAGGCAGCUACGUCUUGAGGCCACCUCUGCCACCAACAACACGGAGAACGUGAUGGUGGGAAUCAGAGAACGGAACAACGCGUUCACCAUUUCACAAUCACCGGGCACGCCGAUUAAGCAUAUAAAACUGUCGCCCCGGCCGUUCCAGACGUACCAACAGAACAUGGGCCUGCUCACGGUGUCCACAGGGAAGAUGCCAUCAUCGCCGCGGCGAAUCCGCGGCGAGACGAAGAAAUGCCGCAAGGUCUAUGGUAUGGAGCAUCGCGACCUAUGGUGCACACAAUGCAAAUGGAAAAAGGCCUGCAGCCGUUUCGGCGACUAGGCCAAGCGGCCGCCCCGUUCGUAUGUCCGCGGGCGGAGAUCGUCGCCGAGUCGACCCCAGAGUUUGCCAAUGCUACCUUAAAAACUUCUCGCCAACUGCCAGCAAAAACAAAUUGCCAAUUUCACACAGACAGUCAGUCAAAAAAAAAAAAAGGAAAAAAAAAUAAGUCAGUCAGAGUACAGCCAACACUUACGAGAAACAAAGUCGUCGUCGUCGUCGUCGUCGUCGUCGUCAUCAUCAUCGACAAACCUUGUAUUGACGUUGUUGUUGCCGCGGCGAUGGCGACCACUCCUGGCUCUAACGAUGAAAUACACAAUAACCACGUCUUUCGCGAGGUUUUACGUGUGAAUGGUACUCGGGAACAACGAAGUGGUAAAAAAAAAAAGAAAAAAGAACCCAGAGUAUAAAUAUCGUCCACCAUCUUCCAAAAAGUACCAUGUUCCACCAGAAGACCACGAACAUUAUUUUAGAGAUGCUGGAAAAAAUUGAAAAGACGACACAUGCUGACGAUGAUCGAGAAAAUAAUCCACGGUGUUGUGUGUGUCUGAAUUGGUAUCUCAGGCUGAUGUCUUUGCAGCGAAACACACCUCUUCUUCCUAUUUCUUCUUCUUGUUCUUCUUGUAUCCCGUCGUUCGUGUCCCCUCAACGUGUGUUUUCCCCCGCUUUUCCCCGUAAGUCGGGAAGCGUGGGACAACGAGGAGGCACGAGAGUCCAGGAGAAACGUCAAUCCCAUGACGGAUUGGCGGACAGUUAGAAGGGCCGAUCACAGUGUUUCGCAAGAAGAGAAAAAAAAAA